GUCGCGCCUACAGUGGAGGAAUCGAGCGUCCCCGAGCGCACACGGCGUAGAGGAGAGUACGGCGAGUCUCUGGAAGGAAGAUAACGGUGUCUGUGUUUGCCCCCUCUCCACUCAAACAACAAGAACAAACCAAACCUGCGUUUUUUUAGGGGGGUUUACAGAGUCUUCUCAUACCAAGGAGGAGGGAAGCGAGGGAUUGGAGCCGCAAGUUUUUUUUUUUUCCUUUUUUCGUGUUUUUUUUUUCUUCUCCUUUUCCUAAAAGAGGAUUUUCUGUGUUUCACGGUGGUUUGUUCUCCGCUCUCGCCGCAAAGAUGAUGGUCGGAGAGGUCGAAGUGAAGGAGCGACCGAGGCCGAGUCCCGACUAUUUGAUGCAAUUAUUAAACGAGAAGAAGCUCAUGACCAGUUUGCCAAAUCUCUGCGGCAUCUUCACACACCUGGAGAGGCUUCUGGAUGAAGAGAUCAACAGAGUGCGUAAAGACAUGUACAGCGACACAGUGAAUGGCCUUGUGGACAGACACCCUCUGGAGCUGCCUGAGCCUAUCGGACCCAUCGUCCACCUGCAGGAAAAACUGUUUGUGCCUGUCAAAGAGUACCCUGAUUAUAACUUUGUGGGGAGAAUCCUUGGCCCUCGGGGACUCACAGCCAAACAGUUGGAAGCAGAGACGGGAUGCAAAAUCAUGGUGCGAGGCAAAAGCUCCAUGAGAGACAAGAAGAAGGAGGAGCAGAACAGAGGGAAGCCAAACUGGGAACACUUAAACGAAGACCUUCAUGUCCUGAUCACAGUGGAAGACACACAGGGCAGAGCCGAGAUCAAGAUGAGGAGAGCGGUGGAGGAGGUCAAGAAGCUCCUAGUACCUGCUGCGGAGGGAGAAGAUAAUUUGAAGAAGAUGCAGCUGAUGGAGCUGGCGAUUCUCAAUGGGACAUACAGAGACAACAACAUCAAAACACCCACCCUUGCAUUCUCUCUUGCAGCAGCGGCAGCAUCCGCUCAGGGCCAACGUCUCAUAGCGACCUCCACAGGUCAGGUGUUGCCUCCCCAGGCACUCCGGCCCCAAACACCAGCCGGGGCCCCCAUCAUGAACCUCAUCCGGCCCACUCAGAUGGCUGCCAUGCUGCCCAAUGGCACCCCCACCCUGGUGCCUCCCACACCGGAUGGCGGGCUUAUCUACACCACCCCUUACGACUACCCUUACGCCCUGGCACCCACCUCCCUGCUGGAGUACCCCAUCGAGCACAGUGGGGUUCUAGGUAAGAGAGCCUGGGGAAGCAUGGGUCCAGCAGGUACAGCGGCCAGCUUUAGCCAGCCUGGACAGGAGGCCAGCUUGUUUUACCCCGGAGCUGGGGUGCUGGACGCGGCCGCCAUGAGCCACAGUCAGGACUUGUUGAAAGGUGCAAUGGCUACUAAAGUGAGACGGCAUGACACGCGGGUCCAUCCUUACCAAAGGAUUGUGACCGCUGACAGAGCCGCCACCGGCAACUAACACAUGACCUUCUGACCUCUGAACUCUUCACCCAAUGACGAGCCGCCCCAAGCCUGCCUGCUGAUCAGUUAACUGGUAAUUGCCUUUUGCUAGCCUCUCGGACGCAAGUGAGAGAGAGAGAGCGAGAGAGAGAGAGAGAGAGAGGCGCCUGCCCGUACAGUUACCCUAACACGUUCUGACAAAACAUAGAAACCAACGCAGAAUCUUCACAGAAACACAACAAAACCCAACAAAGUUGUGUAAUAUUCAUUUUUUCCCUCUGUUCAUUGAGUUUAAUUCCCAUUCUUUCUCUUUCUUUUUCUUCAUGAAUCAUAUACUGGGUGGAUGUGUUUGUGGUAUUACUCAUAAAUCUGCACUGAAUUAUAUAGCAAUAAAGACCCCCACCCCAACCUGCCCACCCACCCACCCGCCUUGAAUCGCUCUAAUUUGGUGACCUCACUUGUCUGAAUCAAAGUUCAGUCUCUAUUUGACGCAAACCGUUUGGUUUCAGAGUAAUGACAUCACGGCAAAACAAACCCCCUCCCCCCCACCUGUCCCACCCUGUUCAAACACCCACCUACCGGGAGAGAAAAAGAAAUAGAAGGAAAGAGAACAAACGCUCAUAUUAACUUGUUUAAUUUCUGUCAUUUUUCACAUGUAGUGCAGUUGUUUAGCUCUAAAAAUGUAAUUAUGAGCUGACACAUUCUGGGUGUGCCCCUCCAAACAGCUUUCUGUCUGUUUUUAAAAAAAAGCAUGGCUGAAAUGAUUGCAAAAAAAAAGCUUUUUAUGAUUUAUGUGUUUUUCUUCUGUCUUUUUUUUUUUUUUUUUUUUUUUUUUUGGCUUUACUUUUGAGUCAUUUUCUCCACUUGAUUUUGGUUUCUCUGUUGUUCAUAUUUGACUAAUUAGCUUUGCUUGAAUUGACAAGCCAAAUGAGGCAGGUGGUUAUCUCUGGAAAACAACGCAAUCUAAUGUUUGAAGCAGGCUGCAGAAACUUAAGACAUGAUGAAGGGCAAGAUGGGAAGGUCACUCACUAUUUGGGCUGAUGAGUCUGUGUGUGUGUUUUUUUUAAUUAAUACUACAAUGAACGUAGGGUGUGCUGAGGCUUCGGGGACAUUGGAGCAGUGCUUAUAAGCGACUGACCAUUGCUACGCCCCCAUCCACACUACAUCCAUUAUACAGUGCCUGAUGUAUUUAGAAAAAUCUCUCAAUGAGUUAGCUGAGCUGUGAUUGAAAAGACAAAAAAAAAGUAUUAAGUGUGCAUAUUUAGCCAAAGGGUUUUCCAAUGAAUUAUAUAUCUGCAAUUAUGCAUCUGUCUCACAGAGGGCUCUCUCUCGUGAUUUUAGAGUUUUGGAAGUGAAUUUGUGGUGCCUGCCUUCAGCUGGAACAGACAGUUAGUUAGUUUUUACCCAUUAAUGCUCUACUUUUUUUCUGAGGAGGUGAACGCAGGCAAUUAACACUAAACCAACACGCUACUCAACGACAGUACGUUGCUAGGGGGAAGGGCACUUUGAAGUUCUGUACAUAAAUGCUUUUGUCAUGAGGCUUCUAUAUUGAGUUGUUUCAUCAGCCACAUUGCCAAAAGAGUCUUUUGUUUCUUUAUUUUUUCAUUUUUGCAUCACUACAUUUGGCCAUUUUUGUUAAAGUUUCUUUUUUUAUUCUUUUGAACCCCAAUCAUCAGAUGGGACACCAGGUGGGCAUAAUCUGAGCCUUCCUGCAAAUUAGGAGAAAAAAAAAACAACUUUUUUGCUUAUUUAAGUGAUGAAACCUUUAUUUUGAACACACAACAAACCCUCCAAAAGCGCAUCCACAAUGUGUCACACCUCCCUGUGAACGUAGUUUAGCUCCUGAGCCCACAAUCUUUUGUUGAACUCUCUCAAGAAAAAAUAGGAUGUGAAAGCCAUGCCUGCCUGUUCAAAUUGCUUUAUACAUACGUCUUAUAUAUAUAAAUAUAUAUAUAUAUAUAAAUAUAUAAAAAUGUAGAUAUCUGUCAUUGCAUAUACAAAUACAGAAGAGAACAAAAAAUAGAUAAUUUUACAGGGUGCUGGAGAAGAGAAAAAAUUGAAAAAUCUAUUUUUGGCAAUUUUAGCUUUUGAUACUUUACUUGCAGUUACAAAAUCUGAAAAAAUAAAAACAAAAAAAAAAAAGUUUAGAACAGUAUAGGGGGGAAACAGAAAAAUUGAGUGGGUGAGGAAAAAAAAAAGUGCUGUUACCUUGGAUAUGAUUGGGAAAGGAAGACCAAAAGAGUGGUAACCCUUGAAGAGUCAGUGAGGAUCAGAGCGCCUCGGGAGAGUUUUAAAAGGAUCAAAUCAAAGUGCCUUAUCAACAGUGGUUUCUGUUCUCUGAGUAUUCCAGUUGUGUUCAAUAAUAUCCAGCACCCACCAAGAUGGCGCAGAGAGGAAUGGCUAGUGUUACACGCUCUGACUAGUGGAGCAGGGUAGCUCCCACCGUACCGUGGUGUUACCGAAGUUAUUCUAUGCAAAAAGAAUAGCAGUCGUUUUGACCAGCUAAAAUAUGUGCCAUGGUUUUGUCUUCCUGAAAUUUUUUUUUUUUUCUUUUCCUUUACUUGAUGGCCCUUUACUCUGCUGUAUGUGCAGGUUUUUGUUCUCUUUUUAUUUUAGAUUUUAUUGAUCAACAUGAAAUAUUGUCUUGAUUUUUGGUGACUGUGACUAACUUCCUAGAACAAAUUGAACUGCCAAUAGCAAUGCAGUAGUCUGCCAGAACAUGUUUUGAUCAUGAGCUGAGAAAAAUACAUAACGUUGAAGGGAAUGGAGAGGGAGAAGGAGGGGAGGGGGAGUGGUCCCCGCUGGCAUUAAGCCCGUUUGUUUCAACAGCUGCAAACUGAAAGCGCUCCAUGUCUCUCCAUGUCAAUCUGACAACAAACUAUCAAUACAAUCAGGAGAUAUCUAAUGGACGAAUGAAACGCUGCAUAAUGAAAACGAGCAGCUCUAUUUCACAGCCAAAUAGUUUCCAGUUAUUGAAACAACUGACAGUUUAUUGCUGGAAGGUGAAAUCAACUCAUAAUAUAUAAUUGAGGAAUUCUGAGAUCCCAAUAUUCCCCUUGGCAGUUUGUUUUUCUAUUCAUAGCUCUUUCAUCAUGCUGUUACACCGAAAGGUCAAUGAAUUUUUCUUCUUCAGUGUUAUUAUUUUAAAUUGAAAUGCAAUAUUAAAGUGGAGCAAGUGAUGGCUGUUCAGCAUUUGACAGUAUUAAGAAAAUUCCCUCUGCAAUGUUACAACUUGCUGUGUCAUUGUGAAAGGCUGGAUAAGUCCAUCAGGUGAAAGGUUAACUCUUUACCUACCGUAUUCUCUCUGGCCUGCCUACUACAUGUAUGAUAAUGUAAUUAACAGCCAUUGUUACAGGUUUAUAAUGUAUUUUUCUAAUCUCAUUUUAUAUGUAUAAUAAUCAUGUUUCUGAGUGCUUUUUCUUUUUUUUUUCUUUUUUUUUUUUUAAAUGAGACCCACUGCAACUUUUUAUUUCCUCCCCAAACGGCCCCUCUCUUCCUCCCCCACCCCUUCUUCUCUUUUACAUCUUGAAAACUGUCUCUUGUGGGGAGUGUUGCCUUUUCCCUGUUAUAUUUGGUUUUGAUUUUCUUGCCAAUUCCCAGCUUGUUUAACUCAUUAGCUACUUUAUUAGUUUUCUUGUCAUAAGUAUUUUUACAUGCUUGCAUUUAGUUUUCAUGGUGUAUGCUGUUAUUUUUCUUAUUAACCUCUUGGCAUUUAUUUUAAUAAAACAUUCUUAGUAAGAAUUUUACUAACUUGCUGAUAUUUUGUCUUGUGUUUUUAACCAGUUUCAUGAAUGUAUUACCUUGGUCUGGUUCACGGACUAACACGAUUAAAACUGGUGUCUGGCCACCACUUACACUGACUGAUUGACACCACAUAAACACACACACACACACACACACACUAGUCGACUGUGCACGUAUGCUCCACACACACACUAGUCGACUGUGCACACACUGCAUAAAAAGGUGUCUAAAAUCAAGAUAAGAACACAAUCUGAGGAAAAUGAUCUUGCUGCAUGGAGAGAUAAUUUCACUUGACAAGAUUUCUUGAACUAAGAUUAUUCUAUUAUCUAGAAAUAAGCAUGUUGAACGCUUAAAAUAAGAAAUUAACACUUUUAAAUCGAAAGUUUUUUUUAUCUUGGUAAGAAACAAAUAAUUGUCAGGUCACUCUGCUCGGGCCAGUUCAUUGCUACUUGCAGCUUUAAUUUAUCUUCUUUAAAGAGUUAAUUUCUUAUUUUAAGCGUACAACAUACUUAUUUUUGGAUUUAAUAAUCUUAAUUUAAGAAAUCUUGUCAAGUGAAAUUAUCUGUCCAUGCAGCAAGAUAAUUUCCCUCAGAUUUAGUGUCUUUAUCUUGUUUUUAGACACACCUUUUUUGCAGUGCAUAUGCUCCAAACACACACACACACACACUCACUCAUGUGCACACACACACACAACCUAACUGGAAACUGCACGAGUUGAUAAGCGUCCCUCACUCCCGCUCACGCACUCUCACCUCUGUGCUGGAGAAAUCUGCUGACACUCUUCAUACUUGCCCUCCCCGCUCCGUUCCAACACGCUGCUGUGUCUCGUCGUCUCUGUCAUAGAGACAACUCUCUUGUUAGUUGUCCUGUCCUUCUGUGUCACUGACCCUGUGAGACGGCAGGAAGUGUCGCAGUGUGGGGAGGGGGAGGGGGGAGGUGAUGGGUAAAGCUACACGUUAUUCGAGGUCACUGGUUAACUUCUGGGUCAUCUGAACUAAACAAACUCGGAUUAAAAGGGUGAUUUGUCUGCACAUACGAGUCAAAAAAGUCCAUUUCCCACCAGUGUCCUCUUUCUCUAACCAUUAUUUAGUCCUAAUCUGUGCAAAAAUACUGCGUAUUAGUCAUCUCAAAAGGAUUAAUUUUACUGUGAAUUAUGUCGAGAGCAUCUCAUGAGCACACAUUGUAGAUGUGGUGAGUUAUUUACAGCAGACACAUAGAUGACAGUUGUGUGAUAGUCUAAAGCUGUCCCCAGCCUUUUUUAUUUUCUCUCUCCAUUGCCUCCAUGGCUUGUUAUGCCUGGAUAGCAGCAUUACAGUUAUCACCAGCUGUUGUCUGUUUGGUGAACACUUCUCCCCAUUCAGCUUAUUGAUAUAAUGGCUAAUACUGGGCCAUUUGGGAGCAUCCAUAAUGCUUAGACACACACCAGUACACCAUGCCAAUAUGAAGUACUUUGGGAUCAAAACAACCUUACUAUUCCUUCCAGUGUAAAAUGCUGAUCUGGCUUUCAGCUAGCUGGUAUUUAUUGUUUUUCGUCUGAAACACUGCCAGUGUGUGUUGUUCAUUCUACUACAGUGUCAGUGCACUCGUCCCUGGGUUCAUUCAGCUCUCCUUUCUCUAUUCAGCUUUUUUUCUCUUCCUCCACUAAUUCAAGGUAUUGACACUGACACACAAGCAAAAGAUUAACUUCAUUAAUCCCGAUUAUUACUUUAACCCACUGAGUGAUGCCUCCAGAUUCAGCUUUUUUUUUCUCCUUUUUAAAAAAAAAAAAUCUGCACAACAAAAAACAACUUGGCCUUAACUGUUGCAAUUCUCUUCAUGUCUCAGCGAGCAAAGAACAAGUAUCAAAAGUGUCUAACAUGGAAUUUAACAUUUCUCUCCUCUCUGAAAUUAACAUUUUUGUGUCCUUGAUCUGAAUAAACGGGUGUUUUCGCCUAUAACACCUGCUUAAACACCAGCAAGCAGAGACAGAUUGAAUUACUGGCAGCCAGCCUGAGUAGUGUUUCCUCCUUUAAUCAUUUGCUGUUGUCAGCCAUAUGCUUAUUUUGUAUUUAUUAAUGUAGGAUUGGCCUUUAAUGUUCCUGAUUGGCUCCUCUGUGCCAUAUGCAACUUGAGCUAAAAAUCCGUCCAUUAGCAGUUGAUAUAUUUAUACCGUCACAAGCCUCGCCUUUUUUUAUACGUCAGGUUUUCAGGCGCGCCUCAAACACCAAGCUGAUUAAAAAAAGUUAAGGUUAUUCUCAAGAGCACAAUGUGUUACAAACACUGCCGAAAAUAUUGCAUCAAGUGCCUUUUUUCCUGCGAUUGGGAAAUCAUAUAUUUUUGUACUUUAUCAUUCAAGUGCCAAUUUUCUGUCUUCCUUAUCUCGCCAAAAAGCUUUUUUGUUGAGCACAAAAAAACUAAAUGCCCACGCUUUAUUUUUUUUUUUUUUACAGCAAUGCACAUACUCUAAAAACUAAACUGGGAAAGUUUGACCAAACAUGGGAAUUUGGUCUCUGGUGUUUUUCCCGCCAUUAAACUUCAGCUUAAUGGAUCCUGUAUGUAAUCUGAUGGACUGAUUGGACCACAGUAUGCAGUAAACGGCUGUUUGCAUACUGCUGCGUUCUCAGCGCCUUUUCAAAUCUGUCGCAGGGCAUUCAGUGCAUUUAUCUACUAACUACCUUUUCACCUGUCAAUCUUUUAUUUUUAUUUUUGUUCUGUUUAACAAACAUUCCUCCAAUGAGUUAAACGGCAGGUUAACCGAUCAGUAUUGGUCUCAGCGAUGUAGCACUCAGGUGGUUAAAGGGCAAAUGCUACCAAAAUACAGAAUGAGAAAUUUUUUAGCCCCACUGGAUUUUUGUGUUUUUCUUUUUCUUUAUUUUUGACUGUGAUAAGUAUGCAUAAAAAGUAUAAUACAUAUUUUUCCUAAAAAUUAUACUAGUAUGGUAUAUACUGUAAGUUCCUCAUCCAUAUAGUGGUGCACUAAAAUCUGUGAGAUAUUUUUCUUUUUUUUGUGGAGUUGUAAGUUUUUAUGUGAAGUAGUCUUUAUUUUGUUUUGUGUUACCUUGUUUUUAUAGAGGGUUAGACUGAGAAUUUUGAAUAGGGUGUAAAACAUGUAAUGCCAGUUUUUGUUGCUCACACCAAAAAAAAAAAAGGAAAACAAAUGUCAUGUGUGCAAUAAAGAACCAUAUUUACAAGCUUCCCUCUGA